UUACUAGCACAGCAAACCAUUCACUGCAACACUCUCGUACAGAAGUCUUCGUAUCUGUCUUAAUUUCUCCCUGACUAUGGCGCCGGCCCAGACCCAAGACACAUCAGAGAAUACUCAAAAGAGUUCCGAUCUAUUGGAGCAUCCCAAAGGCGAAUCAGUACUCACAGACAAAGACCGAAAGGCACUCGUCUUCACCGACAAGCACAGUUCUCCAGAUGUCUACGUCAACUCCAGCAAAGACACUCUGUGGCAUCCCUGGACAGGAACGCUAGAGCUCAAGCCUCUCCGAUUUGAAACGAGAUCUGGUAGUUUCGUCAUUGGGCUGAGAACGCCUGUCGAUUGUUGGCUCGGAAAGCAUAGACAUAGAGGUACAGUCACAGCUGUUACACUUUCUGGGAAUUGGAGAUACAAGGAGUAUGACUGGGUCGCUGGACCUGGGGACUACGUUGUUGAGAACCCAGGAACUAUUCACACGCUGUUCAUGGGUGCUGGCGCAGAGGUGGUGUUUACCAUUACAGGAAGCCUCGAGUUCUUCAAUGACGAUGACAGCUUAAGGGAGACAAUGGACAUCUUCAGUUUCGCGGAGCUUUAUUAUGACCAUUGCAAGGAGAAGGGUGUCGAGCCAAAUGAGAAACUAUGGUACUAAGCAACAUCAACCUGAGGUUUGGGUUAAUAGUAUGUUAGUACCCUAGAGUUCAAAUUGUUAGCCUUUCCGAGGGCAGCCUUUGCUGCUGAUAGAAGCAAUAUUGUCCAAAGGUCUGACCUGAAUUCCUUGUUAACUUUGUCCAGUGCCCAGUGCCCAGUGGUCCCGAGUCACGCAUGGCGGCCAACAGCCCGGGUAUGUCUGCGAAUAGCUAACAAUCUUGAGGACACCAAUGAGAACUUGGAGCGCGCUAUGCCUAUCUGAAGACCUCUGAGAAGGAUGCAACUACGCCAUGACAAUAUUCUAAAUCUCACUCGGAAAGUCAGAAGUCAAAUAGCUUCUCGAUUAUACUAGCUAACAGAAAAUCAAUCUAAGCAACACCUUGAA